CUUGGCCUUCUCUGAGGUAGAGGCAUCAUGGUGGUUCUGGCCCUGACACUCCUUGUAGGUUCAGUUGCUGUGUUCUCACUGGGCAGUCUGCUGUGGGUGGUCGGCAAACACUUCUGGACUGAACACAUCCCUGAAGGCAUCACUCACCCCUGGAGGCUUCGAAUCCUCAGUUGCUUAUUUCAUCUGACAAUGACAUGGGGGAUGAUUUUUGAAAAACUGGGACUCUGUUAUGCACCCCAGUUUGCCAGUUUUUUGCAUGAUCUGAAACCACUGAAGAGAGAUCCUGAUGUUGUGGUGAAAGAUCUUCACUUUGGGACAAUCCCUGUGAAGCUUUACAAGCCCAAGAAACCCUCCUCCAUCCCAAGGCUUGGAAUCAUUUUCUUCCAUGGUGGUGGAACCAUCAUAGGGAGCUUGAGAACCCACAACAGCAUAUGCUUGCGUUUGUCCAAGGAGUGUGACUCUGUUGUCGUUUCAGUUGGAUACAGGAAAUCUCCCAUGUACAAGUACCCAGUGAUGAAAGAUGACUGUGUAGUAGCCACUACCCACUUUCUGGAAUCAUUGGAUGUGUAUGGAGUGGAUCCAGCUCGAGUGGUGACCUGUGGUGACAGUGUAGGAGGAACUGCAGCCACUGUGACUAGUCAAAUGUUAGUGCACCGACCAGAUCUCCCCCGGAUCAAGGCUCAGAUUUUGAUCUACCCCUUACUGCAAUUGAUAGAUUUUGGGAGCCCCUCUUAUCAACAGAAUAGAAACAUUCCACUGCUCUCCUGGGAUCUGGCCUUCUACUGCUUCUGUUGCCACCUAGAUGUGAACAUUUCCUGGAAAAGUGUCGUAAAGAAUGGGAUGCAUUUGCCUCCGGACGUCUGGGAGAAAUACAGAAAGUGGCUAGGUGCAGAAAACAUCCCAGAGAGGUUUAAGAAUCGAGGCUACAAAUCUAUACCCUGGGGUCCUGUGAAUAAUGAUGCUUACCAAGAGAUAAAACGUUCACUGAACUAUACCUGCUCACCCCUCAUCUCAGAAGACAGUAUAGUAUCUCAGCUCCCAGAAACCUGCAUUGUGAGCUGUGAGUAUGACCUUCUCCGGGACCAUUCUCUCUUAUAUAAGAAGAGGCUAGAAGAUCUGGGGGUGCCUGUCACGUGGCAUCAUAUGGAAGAUGGCUUCCAUGGAGUGCUUAGUGCCCUUGACUAUGGAUUAUUGAGCUUCCCUUGCGCCUCGAGAAUUAUGGACCUGAUUAUUCAGUUCAUUAGAAAGUUCUGACACUUAAUUCCUUCCUGGGGGUGCUCCACCAACCUAGUCUGGAUUAUAAAAUAAUACAAUGUAUGUUCUUUAUGAUGACUAAAGAGGAGGCAGGGCGAGAAGUAUGAAGUGAGGCUUUCUGUCUUUUUUCACUGUUGGGGAAAAUAAGAGCUGACCAUCUUCAGCAUCCAUUUGAGAAAAUGAACCUGUACAUGAAGUUUGUCCAUAAUCCCCUUAGCUAGAAUUCAGGCUGUCUGAGCUGAUUGAGACUGUAUGGUAGGUAUAUCUGGCUGAGUUGAUCUUGGAGAAAACAUGUUUGUUUUGUUACAGUCUUGUUGAGCUUUGCCAAUGUGACUCAGAAUGUAGAGCUUUGAUGCCAAGUUUGGUGGGUGGUGAGUAGUGGUGACAGCCUAUGGAUGCCUAGCUUGCUUGAGUUGAAAGUUGUGAAACAGGGGAGACAGAUUCCCCAUGGUACAUGGCUCCUAAAUAGAGACAAGUGAAGAGAGCCAAAAUUGUCUGCCUAAGAGAGCUUGGGCAUUCUGGGUAUCAGAAUGAGUUCCCAAAAAAUAGCCCCAAAGUAACAUCAUUAAUAUUAAAAGACCAGAGUUAGCAGGAAGUCAAGUUCAAUGAAACUCAGAUCACAUUCACAGUGGGAAUUCUAAAAAGAGCCAAUGGAACAGAUGUGUUCUUGUGAACUAUUUGUUCUGAGACCAAGAAUCAAUGCAUUUUGUCCCAAGUAAAUAUAAAAUGGAUUGACAUAUGUAGCAGAAAAUUUUAGGUAUAAAUCAGGUGUGGUAUUAUGUAGGGACUCAGAAAGGACUACUGACCCGUCUCUUCAUAUACCCUCUGCCCUUCUAUGCUCCAUGCUGAUGUAUUUAUUCUUAAUAUGGUGGCCCUGAACAAUUCCCUGCUAAGAUCUACAAGAUCUAGGCUAACUUGUAUGGGUAUAUUCAUUUUCCUCAGCAGUCUCAACAAAAGUUUUACAGCAACUCACUGUUUCUACUGGUUUUCUAAAUUGUGUAUAGUGGAGACAAACAAAAGAGUAGAAAUUUUUGACUACUCAAUCCAAGGUCUAUGCUACCCUUGGAGUAGAGUAUGAAACAGCCUCCCCUGGUGUUUGGAGAUAGGAGAGUAGUGAAUACUUCCCUCAUCAGAGGCUAGAUGGAUGUUGGGUGAACAUUAAUAUUCACCCAACUAUGGAAGUGAAAUGAAGGCCCAAAUUAAUCAAGUUUCAUGGAUGUGGCAAAAAGAUGCUGGAGCCAUAAUGACCAACUGCCCCUUGGGAAUUAAAAUCCCUUUGAAAGAGAAGACCAUGUUGUCCUCCUGUCUUCAGGAGCAGCUUUCAAAUGCCAGCAUCCAAGUCCACUCACAUGGAAACCUGGACAUGCCUUAACUUGUUCUCAAAUGAUUGUGUUGAAAUAACAUCAGAGAGGAAUUCUCAUGGGUGGCUUCUUGAGCCAUUCAUAGUUAUCCAGCAGAUGACUUUAGUAGAAAAAUAAGAACUAGCCACUGAAAACAUGUAUUGUAGGAAGCAAUGGAACCCCAAGAGUAUGGUCCUCUCUGAUAUAGGUCUCUGAGUUGAAUUGAGUAUGUCUUCAGCCUGGAGUGGGUUUUGUGUAAUGAUAGUACAGCUACUGGAGGCUGAAGAGGUAUGGACUGACCUUCCACAUAGAUAGGUGCUUGUCUCUUUGACUGGGAGGUGGUAAAACUGAUACACUAUUGGAAGACUGUGCCUAGUGAAAAUGACUGGGGACAUCUCAGGGCUGAUGGUGCAUUUUCACAGCUUUCCCUUCUGUAGAUCAGGAGUAGGACAAAGGACGUUUACCUUAGUAGAUGGCUGGGGUCCCCAGGAGCAAACCUGUAUACCUUUCUGUUAACCAAUUCAUUUCUAUUAUUCUUGCAAAAUAUUCAUAACAGCCA